UUUCUGAACUUCAAGGACCCCCAUGCAGGAAACACAUAGAGAAGGAGAGGGAGACCGUGGUGAGGAGAAUGAUAGAGAGCCACCCACUGACAGGGACAGCGUUCCAGUGAGGCCUGAAACAUCUGUAGAGAGUGAAGUAGAACCAGUAGUGAUUGAAAACUGGAAGAUUAUUAAAGAACCAACUCUGGCUGCCCAAGUUUUCAAAGAUAAUCUACUAAGUGAACAUGCAACCGGGAAGCCUCUUAAACUGAAACUGGAUGUAAGGGAGCGUGAGGAGGACAGGGAACGGGCACUUCUCUCAUUCUAUAAACAGCAACAGGAAUGGGCAUGUCCACUUCAUUGUACCCUUGAUGGAGGAGUGGGCCAAACUCUGCUAUUUGAAGGUGAGCCUGACCAUCUCGUUCCAGCUGCAUCAGAGGUGCUUAUUGAGAGCAACCUCUUCCGGGUUGCAGGAAGGAUGAUAGCCCACUCCUUUUUGCAUGAUGGCCCCCAUGUCACCGGAUUAAGUCCUGCUGUUAUUCAUGUACUGUUCAAUGGGGAUCCUGAAAUGGCAACAAUUGUUGUCGAGGACUGUCCUGAUCUGCACAUCAGGAGUAUUAUAACAAUGCUUGAACUUGAAGAACUUACUCAGGAACAGAAGGACACAGUGUCAGAUCUUUCCCUGUCUUGGGAUCUCCCAGCAGUCACUAAAACGAAUCAGAGGUGGCUACAUAACAAACUUCUAGUACACGCGGUCAUCGGGAGGACCAUGCGCCAAAUUAAACAGUUGAGAAAGGGAUUGAAAGAUGUGAUGCUAUGGCCCCUGCUGACAUCAAGGCCAGAUGUUGUCCCACUUCUUUUUCUGAAAAUGGCAGGAAUGCAGUUUGUACCCCAGAUGUUCCUAGACAAAAUCACAUGGCCUGUGGAGGACAGUGAUGAUGAAGAACUUGACAUUGAGUGCAAGUGCCGCAUCACUGGUUUUCUACGGAUGUUCAUUGAAACAGCUUCAUCAGAUACUCUGGCUCAGUUGCUGAAGUUCUGGGUCGGCUGGGAAAUGCUCCCUCCAGAACUCAAAGUGGAGUUUUCCGGGGGAACCUUCCCAUCAUCCUCCACAUGCUUUGAAACACUGAAGCUGCCAGCUCAUUACAACACCUACAAAGACUUUGAGGAAGCACUUGUUGCUGCCAUAGACAGUGCACACACUGGAUUUGCUCUUGUUUAAGUAUUUUCAGGCAAUGAUGUUGCUGUGCUUUUAUUCAGUAGAAAAAGGUCAAUUUGAGUGAAGUGAGUUCAGUGUUUUUCUAACAUUUCAAAUACAGUGCAGUAUUUUCUUUCCCUGAAAAUGACACUGCUUUGUUGUUGCUCUUCUGUCAACUGUUUGAUACUUCAGUGUGCAUCACCUUGCUGUCCUUGCCUGUUGUCAUUGGCUACAUGAGGUUGUUGAAAUAUCUCUUGAUGCUAGAAAAAUUGGUUUUAUUUGCAUUAAAACAGCAUAUUAUUAUUUCAGAUUUUUAUUGACAAAUCAAGUUAACUAAUUCAUGAGUGACAUUUGCACAAUAAAUAAAAUAAAAGGCCUGCUUAA